AUGAUAUCCCAGGAAAAACUAUACUCUGCAUAUAAUACUACUUUUAGGAUAUCGCCUUCUCUCAAAAAAUGUUACUCCAGAUACAUCAAAGGACUUCGUAAAACUGUUAUGUCCUUAUAUUACAGCCGGGAUUUUAACACCUUCAAAAAUAAGGUACCGCUAAUAAGAAGACAUCAGGGCUGUACGAACAAUGGUUCUAUUCAAAUAACGAAGCGUCCAAUGUCUCAUCCAUCCAAUAGUAAUAUUCGGGGCAUAUACUUCUAA